UCCCCGCGCGCACGCCGCUCGGCUCUUUCCGCCUCCCUCUCCGCUCGGCUCUUUCCGCCGGCGGCGGGCGCAGCGUUUCGGCUCGGCUCGGGUGUUUCCGCCGCGGCAGGCUGCCGCCCUGGGCCCCGCGCCCGCCGGCCCUGCCCAUGUCGGACGUACUGGCCGCCGCCGCCGGCUCCCGGUUCGAGCCCCCGGCCGCCGGGGCGCCGGGCGGCUUUAGCGGCGCUGAGCUCUCAUCAGAAAAUGAAGCCGCAGCCCGGAGGACGGAGCCCGCGGAGCAGCGGGGUGAUGGCUCGGAGCGCAGCGCCUCGCCGUGCGGGUCGCAGAUGGGGUCACCCGUGAGUGCGGAUGUGACAGAGGAUUCAAAGGAAGAUAGUUGUGCUUUGGAUGACCAGAAAGUGGCUGAAGCUGAAGAGAAGCUGCCUGACCAAAUCCAAUCCACCAAAGAGGAAGCUCCUGUUCGAAUGACCAAGUACCACAUACAUCAAGGAGCAGGGGAUAUAGUCAUGAUUCAGUCAGAUCAUACUGGUGCUGUGGAUAUCCUUUCAGCUGAGCUGGAAACUGCAGACCUCCUUGGGGAGCAGAGAAAAGCUCAGCCUCCCCCUCUGGCUCCACCUACUACAUGGACCAUGGGGAAGAUGAAGGAAUUCAAAGCCAAGAUGGGAAAGGAGAAGAAUGCUAGAAUGGUGGUGAAACGAGGCGAGGUGGUGACAGUCCGUGUGCCAACCCAUCCUGAUGGGAAACGUGUUUGCUGGGAGUUUGCUACAGAUGAUUAUGACAUUGGAUUUGGAGUCUAUUUUGACUGGACCACUGUUACUAGCACUGCCAUUACCGUGCAGGUCAGCGAAUCCAGUGAUGAGGAGGAUGAAGAGGAGGAAGAGGAAAUUGAAGGACUUGCCCCUGUUGGUGACGUGGAAAGGGGCUCCAAAUGCUAUCUGCGGAACCGCUAUGGAGAAGUCAUGCCUGUGUAUCGAAGGGACAGCCAUCGGGAGGUGCAGGCAGGCAGCCAUGACUACCCAGGCGAGGGCAUCUACCUGCUGAAAUUUGAUAACUCGUACUCUCUCCUCCGCAAUAAGACUCUGUUCUUUCACGUCUUUUACACUAGCUGAAGGGAUGGGAAGGGGCAGGGAUGGCAGACAGGAGGUGGUGAGCAUAGCAGGCUGCCACCCAGCCCUGAUACUCCCUGAUGGGCACUUCUAUGUGACAGAACCAAGGCACAACUCUGCUAGCAACUCUUCAGACACAACCUGGUUUCUCCCCACACCCUCCUUCCCAGCUGUCCCGGUGGAGAAAGGUGGUUGUGACUGGUUGUCUACAGACAGCUGUUAUUUCUAUGAAACUUUGGGAGUCCUGCUGUCUGUAGGUAUAGUGCUGGGCCUUCGUUGCAGCCAGUAAAUGCCCAGAGGCCAGGUGCAGCUGGUCUUGAUUUCUUUCUGUUGCAGUGAUACAAAAUGAAAUCAAAAUAUUCUUCAUCUGUUGCUGUUUUGUAAGUAAUUCUUCAGGCUCUAUCUGGAUCACUAGAGGGCAGCUGUCAGCUGCAGUAAAACAAAAAACAUGUCUGGCUUGUCACCUAACCACUAAUAAUCUUAUCACUUACCCACUACAUGUCACCAGCUGCCAGCGCUUCCUUCAUUCCUCUAUGUGGAGGUGCAGCAUGGCCAGUGGCAGCCAGUGCAGAUGGCAUGGCCAUGCUACAACAGCCAGCCCCAGCCUAUGGUACCCAUGUGUUAGAACAGAGCGUGGGGCUGGGGAUUGGAGUGCACAAAUGUAACUUCAUAGGAAGAUUUUCCUGUGGAUUAAGAAUUGGAUGUUGCAUCUGUAGAUUACAGGGAUAUAAAAAUCAUGAUUAAAACUCCAGCGACCACAAAGUUUUUUCUGUAAUCCAGAUGUAAUUCAGAAGAAAUGGUUUACUGCUGUAUUGAAUAAAUAUGAAAAGGUUGGGAUAUAACAAACAAAUAUACAGGAAAUGUUUCUUAGUAGCAGCAUGUUGGUUCACUGGUAUUGCUGCCAGCUGGGUAAUAGCAUAUAAAGGAAGGAAGAUGCUCCCCAGGGAAGCACAGUUUCUCAGCUGCUAUUGCUGUUACAAACGUAUUGUUGCAAAAGAACAGAAACUCAAAAGAGGUGGAAUUUACCUGAUCCUUGCUGUAAACUAGAAUGAGCAAGGCUGUUGUUAGCCCUGAUCAUGUGGUGAAGGAUGGAGUUCCUUGGCAUGUUUUAGUGGCUAGCGAUGGCGCUCCCUGCUUGAGUAUUGGUAGUUGAACAAGGAUUAAAUUAAUCCUUCAGAGAUGAGUUUUAAAUCACAUUUAUCAGCAACCAUUGUUUAUUUUAAUACUUUUAACAUACAAUCAUGCUCUUUUUAAGAAUAGUAACGUGUUUACAUUUUGAUACCUCUUUGCAGAGACACAGAAUGGCUAUUUGCACAGUGAUGCUAGUAGAAUUCUGAGUUUUAUUUUUAAAUCCUCCAGGUAAAGCACCUCUAUUUGAUCCAUUCCUUCUAUCGAGAGGGAAUGAUGAAGAAAAUGAUUUUGGGGUAGUUGAAGCCAAAGAUUUCAUUGUCCUAGGAGGGCUGCAUAUUUUAUCUCAAGGCUAUAUUGUAAUGCUGUGGAAUUUUCUUCAUGUUCAGGCUUCUCUUCUAACUAUCUCUGCUUACUUAUUCACUGCCCUAGAGCACUUAGUAGGUCAAAAAGGUGUGUGUGAGAGAGAAGCUUCUAGUAAAGCAGCCCAAGCUUGGAGCAGGAAGAAGGAAAGCCAGAAAACUGAUUGGAACAUGGUUGCUCCCUGGGUGAGCAGGCAGGGAGCAGAGCUGGUCAGGGUAAGGAGCAGAGCUGGUGCUACCCUGGGCCCUGAGUUGGAAGCCUUUCUCAAAAGAGCGAGAAAGAACCUGGUCACAGGGGAGCUGCUGAGCUGUCCCUCAGCAGAGGGAAACACAAGGCAGCCUUUACAGGGAGGUAGAACAGUAAGGCUUUAUAUCUGCAAUAGUAAAGUGAUCUUUAAUUUAGCAGCCUGGGGAAUAUUAUUCCUUCCUUUCUCCCCUCUUGGGGCGAUGAAGGACCAUCUUUUGUGGCCUUCGUACAGCACUUGAAUGAGGCCUGAGCAACUUGCAUAGGGCUCUCCCCACCCCCCCUUUUUUUUUUUUAACCCUUUGCCUAUCGAGUUCUUAGACACUAAGAAGAAGGUGACUUUUCAUUGUCUGACCAAAAAUGUCAGCGCUGCUCAAUGCACUGACUGCCUUUGGUCCUUUCUGAUGUAGUCUGCAGGGCCCUGUGUGCACUUGCUGGUUAAUGUAUAAGACACUGUGUGGCACCUGAUCCACUUUCUAAUUAGGAUUUAUUUAUGACAAAGGGAAUUUUGACCUGUAUGUAGGAUAAAUAUUCUACAACUACUGAUCCUCAGUUUCACAGCUUACUGUGGGAUACUGUUAUCACCUCUAAAUAAAUGUUUCUCCUAUAAUGUGGCCUCCCUAUUGCUAAUUUACUGCCACUUCCCCUCUCACUGUCUGUAUUUUGAUCAUAUUGUGGUUCAAAUCAUGCUUUGUCAUCUUGUAAGAGGUGAAGAAGGCCUGCUUCACUACCAGUUCUGGUUGCUUACUGAAACAAAUAGUAUGUGCAGGUUAUCAAGAUAAUAGUGAUAAAUUGCCUUGUAGAUGGUGAUCCUACUGCUCAGUUUUAGCUUUCUGAAAUGUGGACCAGCCUUUUAAUGAGGCUUUUAAUGAGGCUCAGGUCAUUUGUUUGGAACUGUCCCCAUCUCCUAGCCUCAUGGACUUAACAUAAGCAUUGAAUCUGGCAGGUUAUCCCAAUCCACAUGUGCUUGCCCUGCAAACACACUAUGCCCAUAAAUAGACCUGCUGUGGUGGAACUGAAAGUGUCUAGUGUGUAUUAUUUCACAUAUUUCUUCCCAGAAAUAUGUGGUAUCUCUUGUGAACACAAAACAGUUUUAGGCAUAGAGUAUUUCAUCUGUAGGAAACAGGAGCUUCACAGUUUUAUGGGAUAAUUACCCUUUGUUUAUUCUUUAAUUUCCACAUCGCAUAAAUGUUUCUCAGGUAUUGAAGCAUCAUUUGUUAUCUAAGUGACGACUUCUUUUUGGAAGGAUAUGUAGUCUUUAUUCAUUUUCGGAUAAAUCCACUAGCUUGGCUCUGUGGCUAGUGAUAAACAGUGGCCAUUUGCAUUCGAAAUUGAACUCAUAGUUGGUUCAAAGAAGUAAUCUCCUUAUUUCUUGUGUUCUUUUUUUCUGCUAUCUAUGUAUCCUGGACUUGUGUAUCUAAUCCCACUGUCUGCUGAGGCUGUGGUGGAAGCCGUUCUUGUUUUAAUUGUAAGCCUGCGGAACUAGAUACUGAGUUUAGAAUGAAAAAUGAAUGUAAAAGGUAUUUUCACUUCAGAUAGGGAAAUUAAUCCUUGAGAAAAGAAAAUUCCCAAUUUUUCUCCAGAAGGGAGAUCUCAGAUCAGUUCUAAAAAUACGUUUCUUCCUCCAGUAGAUUGUAUCUAAAAAUUCAAAAAGCUCAAUUAAGGAAUAAGCUUCUUCUACAUUUUGCAAAACAGUCUUUUUUUUUUUUAAUUAGGUUUGCUUUUGUGAAAGCACAGAAUUGUUUUCUGGUUUGUUUCGAGUAUAACUUAGGUCUAACAGUAAGAUUUUCAUGUUCAGCCAGAGGCAUAAAACAAUCCUGUAGCGUAGGAUUUGCCUAAAAAUUAAGUUGUGUAAUUGUUUAUAAUAAUGGUAACAAUCUGUUGGGUAUUUUUUAAUGUCAAAUCAGGUAAUAAGCUAUCCAUUGUUUUAUCUUAUUCUUCUCCAUUAGCAGUAGUGUAGCAGCAGGAGUUGAAAGUGUAUGCAUUUCACUGAGCACUGAGUUGAAAUUGCUUUAAUCAGGCACCGCUUGUACUGAUUUAAUUUGCUAACCAACUCUGGAGGCCUGUCGGAUGGAUUCAUGUUUAAGGUUAUUGGUGUCAGGUACAGGCUAUUUGGAAAGUAAUAUUUGGGACUCAGUUAUGUACAUUAAUACCACCACUGAGCCACUUACAUGAACAGUAAGUUGAAACUGUGCUUAAGGAGAGAAAGAGUUUAAUUGACUGUCUUGAGGUACUAAGAUGAAAGUUGAGUUACUAUGCAACAGCCUGAAAGGUUGCCAAGCUCCUUUCUUUUCGGUUCUAUCCUGUGGACUGUCUCCUUGUAACUGUGUGCAUGUAGCCAUGUAUGGCCUGCAGUGGGGCCAGCUGUGCUGCUGGACUUGGUGGGAUGGGCUGGAGGUGACCCUUGUCAUAUGCCUAGUUGCUGAGAGGUACUUGUUCUUGUGAGCUGGGAACUGGGGGUAGAGAAUUAAUCUCUAAUUGAGUUCACUUUAUCCCCACUGCUUAUAUCCUUCCUUCUUGCCUCACUGCUCCCUAGUACACUUUGCAGAGGAUUUAUCACAAGGUGCCUUAGGAGCAAGGAGCAUGUCUGAAGUAAGAGCCACAGAUGUCAUUAAUCCAAGGGUUUUUUUUCCUUAUUUCUCUCUGAGCAGAGAGGAGGCACUAAGAUCAAGCAAGGAGAGCCGUGGUAAGCUGUUCCUGAGGGCUUAAGCUGUUCAUUAGUCUGCCUUGUUGCUCAUAAGCUGCUGCAAAAUAUUGUGGAACACCAGAGGACUACUCCUUCUGAUAUUCUGAUGCUAAGCCUGAGGACCAGAGAAACAGCAGACAGACAUAGAUAGCAUUCCUCAUGGCCAUUCAUUAUUUUACCAAAGUGAGUUCAGUGUUGAGUGGUGUGUGCUUACGUGUAUUGAGAUUGGAUGAGAGAUCAAAGCAACAAAGGUGUUUUUUAUCUGCAAGUGAAAUUACUUUCUCCAUUUCUUGUUUCUGGGAUAAUAAUGGAUGUGAUGAUUAAUGUCAUGUAGAUAUAGCAUAACAUCUGAAUUGGAAGAAGGGAAAACUGAACUGAUCUUGUCAAAUACAUAAGUUAAUUAGGCUGUGAAAGAAGCCACAAGUUUAGCAGGAGUCAAAGUGUGAAGUCACUUAUCUAGAUAAGUUAGUAAACACUUAACUAAAGUUUUAGAGUAAACAUCAAAUUGCAGAGUUCAAAGACAUCUUGCUAGGAGAAGAAUUUCCUUUGGAACCAUUCUACUUUUGCCUCCAAAGGGUCUCUGGCAUUUUAUUCCAAAACACUUAUGCUGUUGCAGCUCAAGAUAGAACAUCAAGGCUGAAUGGAUGGAUCUGAGUGGCUCUGGGCGGCCUGGUCUAGUGGUUGGCGACCCUGCACUCAGCAGGGGGGUUGAGACUAGAUGAUCUCUGAGGUCCUUUUCAACCCAGGCCAUUCUAUGAUUCUAUGAUCUGUGGUUGGUCAGUAAGGGUUAUCUGGUUUAAGCCCAUCUGGACUGGUGAGUGAAGUCUCUUAGGCAAGAAGCUAGAUGCCAACCAUUAGGCUCUAAGCUAAAGAGGCUUUGCCUGACUUUUAAGUUUAGGAGCUGUUCUUGGAAACUAAACAGCUGGAGAUGAUCUACCUGUAACUUCCAGGAUGUCUGAGUGACUAACUGCUCUCCUCAAAGUGAAGCAAUCUGCUCUUGAGUCCCUGCUCCAAGCUGCUAGCAUAGUCUUUCAGUGGAGAGUGUCUUGUAGGUGUUCAUAUCCUUUUUUUUUUUUUCCAGACAUAUAUUCUUGUAAACUGUGACAGCUGUCUAAGUCCUUAUGUGAUGUGAAUAUAUUUGAUGUCCUAGAACCUCAAAAUUCAUUUGUCUGUACCAGCCUGUUGCUUUUCAUCUCCUGAAGAAAUUAGUUCUAAAGGGAGGUUACUUUAACAAGAUAUGGCACUGAAUCUAUUGCUGAAGGGCACAUGUGAAGACAUAUUUAUAGCGUGCUUGCAUUCCUUCUAGGCUUGGUUUGUAUUGUUUAUAUUUGAUGUGUUGUGGCUGAUUUGUAAUAUUAUAUUGAAAGUUAUUCCCUUUAAAUAAACUUUUCACUAUGCAAUCACAA